AUGGUAGAACUAGUAGAAGCAAAGAAGGAAUUAAUCCUAAAGAUUGAAAUUGAAAACGAAAACCUUCAAAACUUGAAAUCUAUCUAUCAACGGAAUCGAAGUUAUUUGAAAUCACGGCUGAUGUCUCUACCAAAAUAUUAUGAAAAACAACGAGAAGAUAUUCAUAAAACUCGUGCAAGAUCUUUUUUAAAAUGGAAAGAGGAAAUUGAUUAUAUUGCACUUCAGCUUCAAAGACAAUUACAUGAUAUGGAAUCUGAAGAUAUAAUUGGGUUAAAGAAACAAGAGGAAUUCUUUAAAGAAAAACUUGCUGACAUUGACAUUCUUCUUAAAGAAAACAAAGAUCUAAAAGUUUCAAAUAAAAUUGAUAAACUUGUGGGAUUCAAACCAACCUCUGAAAAUUUUACGAAUUUACCAGCAUUGCAGGAGUACAGCAGACCUAAGUUCCACGAGAAAACUUUUGAAGAUUUUAAAAUGAAGGAUUACUUUGGGGAAAUUUCUGGAAGAAGAUUGCUGGAAUAUCCAGCAUAUAGAGUACAAAAUGUUGAGGAGGUUAAGAUUAACAAGAAAAUUCUUCUGAAACAUCCUUCUGUUCUGUACAAAACCAACCUAAAGUCGAUGUCAAUAGAGGGUGGUUUUGAAUCUUUGAAUUCGAUUGUCCAUUUCACCUACAACAGAAUUUGGGUAGGAGAAAGAACAUGUUUGGUUCUUGUUGACUUUAAUGGGGUCCUAAUUGAUCGAGUUGAUACAGCCUCUUUUGGUAAUUGUUUGGCUCUCUCGUCGAAAGGUUAUCUUCUGUUCAACAACACCAAGGAGAACACGAUUGAUGAAAUUCUUUGCGACAGAAGUUUCUCAACAAUAAUCUCUGCAGGUGCGUGGGUCCCACAAGGUUUUGCUUGUACAUCGGCUGGGGAACUUUUUGUUUGUUUGUACAAAAAAGAUGAUUCUAAGGUAGCUAAAUACACAGAAACUGGUGAACUGAUUUCAGAAUAUCAGUAUGAUAAAGAAAACCGUCUUCUUUUCACUGCACCUGACUGCAUCGCAGUUAAUGUCAACAAUGAUAUCUGCACUACAGAUCUCGGUAUUUCCGCUGUUGUGAUAAUCAAGUCGUGUGGAGAAUUGCGAUUUACAUACGAUGGAAAGUCACUUUCAAAACUAAAGCGAGAGUUCCUUCCAACUAGCAUUGCUACGGAUCGAUAUGGACAUAUUUUGAUAGCAGAUUCUAAUAACUCAUACAUACAUGUUAUUAGUAGUGAAGGGGAAUUCCUGCAAUUAAUGUCACUAAAAAAUAGCAUUGAAUGUCCAUUUUCUGUAUGCGUCGCGGAUGAAAAAUUUCUGGUAAUUGGAGAAAAACGCUCUGGAAUCAUGUAUGUCACGAAGUAUCUUAAGAAACAUUUAUGA